GAGGAGAAGGAGCAGAGGAGGAGCAGGACAGGGAGCAACUGCCUGUUCCAGACCUGACAAGUUAUUGAGCAGAUGGAGAUGUUGUGCGUGUCCCUCCUGGCCUGUGUCUGUUUGGUUCAUCAAGCUGAUGGAAGAAGAAUAUACGGUGACAUCUUCCCUCACAAGCACUCAGCAGCGCAGAAGUUUCCAUUUCCAGUCCCUCCCAUCCCUGGCUGGCAGCCUGACACCAACCCCUGGGAUGAUUACCUCUACCCACCCCUCAACUCAAAGCCAAGCAAGCCCAUGCAUCACAGAGACAAACCCAGAGUCCGACUGACCAGUGACAGUCCAGCUCUCAACGGUUCGCUCAUAACCUUCACGGCGAGGUUGGAGUAUCCUCCGUGUCAGAAGGAGGAUGCAAACGGGGAGCCCGUCUGGGACGAGCGCUGUGAGGACGGUGCAGAGCUGGAGGCCUCAGCAAACGGACAGGUUCGAUCUGGUUAUGUGUACAACUGGACUUCCUGGCUGGAUGACUAUGGUUUUGGAAAAUGUCCAGAUGUGAAAAAAUGCAACGUGUUCCCUGAUGGGAAGCCGUUCCCUCAGAACAACAGCUGGAGGAGAAAGAGCUACGUCUACGUUUGGCACACGAUGGGUCAGUACUUUGAGAAGUGCGAUGACUCAUCAUCCAGUGUGACCAUCAACACCACCAACAUCCCUCUGGGGGCAGAAGUCAUGGAGGUCAUGGUCUACAGGAAGCGCGAGCGCAGGAAGUACAUCCCUCUCGCCUCCGACGACACCGUCUACAUGAUCACAGAUAAGAUCCCCUUGGCGGUGGACAUCUCCCAGAAGUCUCAGGUGAACAGGUCUGUUUUCAUUCGUGGCGAGGACGUUGUCUUCAAGGUCCAGCUGCACGACCCCAGCGGCUACCUAAAGACGGCAGCUUCUGUUGACUUCAUCUGGGAUUUCAGCGAUGGCAACCAGCUGGUGACGCGCCGCGACGUGGCCACGCACACCUACAGCACGCUCGGGAACAUGAGCGUGAAGCUGGUGGUGGAGGCAGCGUUCCCUGCUGCGUGUCUGCCCACCUCUGCCACCCCGACUGCAAGACUUGUCACAUCGCCCCCUCACAAAGAAACCUCCACACCUCCACCUGUCACCCACACUGCUACAACUAACGUGCAGACGACACCCGCACCACCCAGCACCCGCCAGCCUCUUACCUCCUCCUCCACUUCCAUGACUACGGGGUCACCCACAACUGAGCGUCUUCCUCCCACGGCUUCCUCCGAGUCCAACAGCAGCCCCCUGCCCUGGCUGCGCACCAGGCAUCUCAGCAGCGAGUGUUUCUGGUACGCCUACGGGACCUUCACCGGCAACAUCACCAUCACUGAACCAAAGCACCAGUUGAACAGCUGGCCAAAAAGUCUCAUUGUGGACGUGUCAGCAGCCAGAGUGACCAACACUGACGUCACCUUCCAGGUGAAAUGUGUGGGCAGCAUCCCCACCUCAGCCUGCACCAUCGUGUCAGAUCCUAGCUGCUCACACGUGUGCAGCGUCACGUGCGACGACGUGCCCCCGUCGGCAGAGUGCGAGGUGCACCUGACGCGACGGUUCCUGGAACCUGGCACCUACUGCGUGAACAUCACCCUGGAGAACUCCAGCAGCAUGGCACUGGCCAGCACCACCAUCACCAUCAGCAAGUCUCAGGAAGCUGCUGGGCCUAAACCCCCCAACACUGCAGGGGUGGUUCUGUCUUCAUGCGCCGUCAUAGUGGCUGUCUUUGCAUUCAUCGCCUAUCUGGUCUACAAGCGUCACAGAGUCUACCGGCCCAUCCAGAGGGCACUGGUUGCGGAUGCCCGAGGCCAUGUUGGGGCUGCAGGUCACAUGGUUCGCCUGAAGGAGUCACUCUUCCCGUCCAGUGAGGAGAGCCGUCACCUGCUGACUGAGAGACAUGCUCUGUAGGAUUGAAAGAGCAGCAUCCAUUCCAGUUCUCCACUUUAAAACACCAUUGAGUAGAAAGCAAAUGCUUAAUUAUGGAGAAAAACACAUCAGUAAAUAAUAUAUAUUUGUGUCUUAGUUUAGUUUUAUAA